UCACGAGUAAAUUACUCUGAUUCUCUGAUUUUCAGAGUUGAUUUUGUGUACCACCCUUACGCCUCUGGGUAAAUUUUUUAGAUUUUAUGUUUUCUCUGAUAAGCCAGGACCGCCGAGCUGGCCCACGUCAUAUGUUGCCAGACCCACCCUUGCUGGCAGAUAACCUUCUCUCCUAUUGGACACUAGUGUAUUUUUUACGCAGGUUUCGGCGCCACACCCGAGUUUACCACGUCGACUGUUGCCACACUUGUACUCGCUUAGACCCUCCUCCGUUCCCGAAGCGUCGACUUACCGCCCCCCCAGUAGAGCCUCUGCCGCUCCCGAGUCUAAGCAGCGACGAAUGGGAGCGUGAAAUGGAAGAGGCGGAUCUGUCGGUUGACAAGCCGGCAGAUCCUCCACCUCCGGAUCCUGUGCCCUCGUCGCCGGCAUCUGCAUCAACAUCGUCGGCUAAGAAGAGACGACGAUACCAGCAGAGACAUCUGCCCUUCGCGCCUCCUCCCAAGAUAACGCCGCCAGCAACCCCUGCCCCCGUCGUUGAAGCAGAGCGACCCCUCGCACCAACGUCGGCCGAGAUGAAGGCCAAAGCUUAUCUUGCUGCUCAGAAGAAAUAUACCUCAGAUUGGCAUGGAAGGUUUCCUUGGCUCGUCUUGGAUAAAACUGACGAUGGCUCACCCUGUUUACGUUGCAGUGUGUGCAUGCAGCAUGGCAAGCCGACAGCCCGCUACGGUCGCGAUGGGCCUGGCGGCAGGGACUUACAGAUUGGCAGCAUGCGGUGGCACGAGGAGAGCACCAAGCAUGAGGCGUGCGUGCAGAAGCAAGCUCACCUUGACAAGGAAAUCGAGAGCCAGAAGCGCAUGGACGACUUCGCCAAGAACGACCCCGAUGCCGCCCGCGUCAUCAGACUUCUACGCUCCAUGCUAUUCAUCUGUAAGGAAGAUGCUCCGAUUUCAAUGUUCACACGUCUAAUCGGUCACCUGUCGCAGGAGGGGGUGAAGGACAUACCCAAGCAGACUUACGGCGCGUACAUCACGAAGUAUGGAUUCAGGGAGAUGGUGAAAGCCAUGGUGGCUUUCUUGAAGGCACAGCAGAUGGAGCACAUCCACUCCUCCCCGUUCAUCGGCAUCAGCUGCGACGAGAGUACCGACCGCACCCGCGGAAAGCAUCUCAUCGUCUUCGGCACCUUCUUAAAGAAGCGGCGCGUCGUCACUGAGUUCUUGAGCCUGCUCACCAUCGACAAGUGUGAUGCUGCGUCGCUCCAGUCUGUCCUGCUGGGUCACCUGGAAGGGAGUGGCAUUGAGCUUCAAAAGAUCGCCGGUAUUAGCACCGAUGGGGCAUCGGUGGACAUCACGCUCGUCACCCAAGAGGUCGACCGCACUGUCACCUACAUCAAGCACCGAUACAUCGAGUACGGGGAGCGGUUCGGCGGCGGGCUCAGCAAGCAGCUCGACAAGUUCCUCGCCCGCUACAAGGAGGGCAAGGGGUCGCUCGAGUGGCCCAAGAAGACAGAGGUGCGGGAGCGCCGGUGCCGCAAGUGGGCUGAACAGAAUAUGGCGCUGUUUGACAACAAGCUGCCAGGAGUCGAACUGCGAGCGAUGGAGUUGGAGCUGAAGACCUUUUGCCACAUCAUGAAGACUCAUCGCAAGGACGACGACUUCGCCCAGGGUUUGGCCAAUAUGAUGAAGACGAAGAACUGGUCCAAGUCGUACCCGAACCUGAUGCGGAUGUGGCAGGCGCUGGCGGUGUUGCCCUUGAGCACCGUCGAGUGCGAGCGCGGAUUCUCACGGCAGAAUGUCAUCAAAGGAUGGCAUCGCACAAGCCUGUGCGAUGCCACCCUUGGUGAGUUGAUGACCAUUAGCAUGCUGGACUACGACAUGGACUACCCCCAGAUCGUGGAGAAGUGGAGGCGCAUUAGGCACCGUAGGCAAGCUAGGAAUGUUGAAUUUGAGCAGGAAAUUCCCCUCUUCCCACAGCAGAAGGAUGUUGUAGAGAGCUCAGACGAUGAGAGUGUCGGAGGUGGGAGUGAGGAUGACAACGUGGAUGAUGAUUAUUAGUUAUGUAAUAUUGUGCUAUGCUUUAUUACUAAAACAA